AGGAAACGCUUGCAACAAGCUAACAUCUGUCUCUGAGCUCUGCUGCCUCAGAGAACAAGGCGGAGGUCGGCCACUCAACCACGGAAACGGAGGCUAUCGUCAGGAUUCUCCCGUGGUGAUAUCGUAUAUCCGUGAGAAAAGGACUGUUCAGUUUUCUCCCUUCUCUUUGUGCGCCUGUUUUCUUCAUUUUUAGAAACAACAUAUUUCUUGGUGGACCACGUUACCUGGAAGUCCAGGGUUGCCAUGUCCAGGUCAGACUUCCCACCGGGCUAUGAUGAGUCCCGGGACCCUCUCUAUAAUGGCCAGGGAGGGAACUACCAGGGCCCCCCUGGUUACGGCUUCUCACCGUAUGGAGGUCAGCCCCAGCCCGGCCCUUACCCAGGGGCACCCAAUGCCCAGCCCUCUGCACCUUACCCUGGACAUCCAGGCUCUGCACCUUACCCUGGACAGCCUGGCUCUGCACCUUACCCUGGACAGCCUGGAGGGUACCCAAAUGCUGGUCCCGUGCCUGGCCAGGGGUACCCACCCCAUGGGAUGCCUGCCAUGCCACCCAUAAUGCCAGUCAUGCCCAGAGGAGGAGACGUCGAGGGGUUCACCACAUCUGGAGACUGGGAUGACAUCAGUGUUCGGCACAAGUUCAUUCGUAAAGUGUACAUGAUUCUGACCGUUCAGCUUCUUGUCACUUUUGGUAUUGUGGGAGUUUUCUGUUUUGUGAAACCAGUGAAGUUAUUUGUCAGUCAAAAUCCAGCUAUCUACUGGGCUUCCUAUGCUGUGUAUUUCAUCACACACAUUGUGCUUGUUUGCUGCUCAGGACCCAGGAGGCGUUUCCCAUGGAACUUGAUUCUCCUCAGCAUUUUUACUCUUGCUUUAUCUUACAUGGCAGGAUCGAUAUCCAGUUACUAUAACACCGAAUCGGUGCUCCUUGCAUUGGGAAUAACAGCUCUUGUGGCCAUUGCUGUGACUGUGUUCUGCUUUCAGACAAAGGUGGACUUCACAAAAUGUCAGGGACUUUUCUGUGUCCUUGGAAUAGUAAUGUUUGUGACUGGAAUCAUCACAUGCAUUGUGCUCACAAUUACAUAUAUUCCAUGGCUUCACAUGUUGUAUGCGGCAUUAGGAGCUAUUGUGUUCACACUGUUCCUGGCCUACCACACCCAGCUCCUGAUCGGUAACAGAAAGCACUCUAUCAGCCCUGAGGAGUACGUCUUUGCUGCUCUCUCCAUCUACGUCGACAUUGUCCAGAUCUUCCUGUUCCUCCUACAGCUCAUUGGGGCUGCGAACCGAUGAGUCCUCUGAAAUACUUUCAGAUCAUAUUUAUGCAGUCUCACUUACCCAAUACAUAUCUGUGUAUAAAACUUUUCAGUAUAAAGCUUCGAUGAUGAACACAUAGGAGAAUACAACAUAUCAAUAUAAAACAACAUGGGAUACAUUUUUGCCGUUAUUCUGUAGCACAUAUAUGCUCUGCUUUGUAUAUAUCGCAGAUAUAAAAAAGGACACAGAUUUUUUUAAAGUAAUCACAACCCAGAAUAUGCCCAUGCUAGGGUUUCCAGUUGCACAUGAACUUUAAGUUUCAAUCACUGAGAAAUGGGGCUCGUAUAAUAAAGUUAGAGACUCUAUCAGAAUAUAAACAGGUAAAUCUGCCAUUUCUAAUGCUUAUAUGUCAUAUCAGGAUCAGGAGAUUCCUAAAUAAAGAUAUGUUUUUUUCUCACUGUAUUUAAUACUUGACCUGUUUAAAUAUAUAUCUUGAUAAUCAAGACAUGUUGUAUGCACUAUCCGUGUUGCUGUUCUGUUACACCCAUGCUGUGUCCAGUCUACAUAGUUGGCAAAGGCUGUGCCAAACUUUUGCCUGUGUUCGUUAUUUCUCUACACAGAUGAUUUGCUUUUUUACUGGUGAAAAAACAAAGCAGACGUAAACCUGUAAAGAACUAAGAAGAUGAACAUAAUUUGUAAUUCAUUGUUUUGUAAAUGAGUAAAAAGAUAAUUUAAUCUUGACAUAAAAAACAAGGAUUUAGUAAUCACACACUUCCCUUUGAAGGUGUAAAUCUGUAUUUCCAGGACGGACAUUCCCAGAACUUUAAGGAAAAUAGGUACGCCUGCUUAGGAUGAGCAGCUGAUUUUCACUGCAGUUGUUGAAUGUUUUUCACCUUUUCAUUGUUAAUAAAUGAAUCCUGUACUUCUA